AAACGUACAUUAGAGUUGAGGUUAGAAGUAGAAGUUACUGUAUUUGAGCACAAUUUUAAGAUGUCAGAAGGAGUCUAUGAAAACACAGAUGGAUUUGAAGACAACAAAUCUAAUGCAAUGAAGAACACAGACAUCGAUGGCCAAUUAUAUGGUAACGUAAGAGCCUUCAAACCCCGUCCAAGAGAUGGAGUUGUUGCUUCAGAGCCUGAUAGCUCAGGGAAGAGACUCUUCCUAGUUGCUGCAGUGUGUCUGGGGCUGCUGUGUGUUCUCCUACUGGCUGGGAUCAUAGGCCUGUCUGUCUACUAUAAUAGAGCCAUCAACGAUUCUGAGGAUAAAAGGAACAGCUUGUUUCAGAGUUUCUCCCUUUAUAAAAUCAACGCAACUGAAGAGAGAGACCAGCUACAGACCAGAUACAACAACCUGACUGAAGAGAAAGGCCAUAUUCAGGCAAAGCUUUUUGUGAUGGAGCAGCAUUGUCAGGAGGGAUGGAGGUACUUUGACUCCAAGUUCUACUUCCUCUCUACUGAGAAGAAAACCUGGAAGCAGAGCAGACAGGACUGUCUGGAUAGAGGAGCAGACCUGGUGGUCAUAAACAGCAGAGAGGAACAGACAUUUGUCUUCAACCUCCACCUGAGAGCCUGGAUUGGUCUAAAUGACUCUGUUACUGAGGGGAUCUGGAAGUGGGUGGACGGCACCCCACUGACCACAGGGUACUGGGCGGCAGAACAGCCUGAUGAUAGUGGGCAAGAGGACUGUGCUGAGAUAUACUAUGGACAAGAUGAUCCUGUAAAGACAUGGAAUGAUGACAAAUGUGGCACAAAUCAUAACUGGAUCUGUGAGAAAGAGGAGUAACAAUAACCUACUGUAACAAACAGUAUUUCUCUGUUAUUGUUAUUAUUAUGUUGAUGGUAGAACACAGUGCUGAAUGGUUAAGUGAUGAUUCCACCUGGUGGUUAAGGUGAGAGAUGAACUCACCAUAGAGGAGAAAAAGUUGUAUUACAGAGUUGCCUACCGGCUCUUUUUCAAUUAGACCUUCCCCAAUUCCUCCUCACAUCCUCUCUCUUUGACUUCUUCUCCAAACACAUUGGAGAAUACAAUCCUAGGGGAGGGACCUUGGACCUUCUCCUCUAAUAGGGUUUAGAUACAUUCCUCUCCUAUCUCCUCUCCUUCUAGGAAAGACUAAUUGAGAUAGAGCCUUAGUGUCAGAGAGAGACAGAGGAAGAAGAAAAUUAAGAGAAUGAGGAAGAGAAAACAAUUAUUCUUGUUUAGAUUUAGAGGAGAAUAUGUAGACAUAUUGUACUCUGUAAAAUUAUUCUUAAUUAUUUUUUAUUUAUUUAUGUCAUGUGAUUUGCCAUAGGCUUAUGCUUAGUAAAAAAAAGUAUGUCCAA